CUGGCUCAACCCAGAAUGCCGUGACAAGCCGAGGACAUUCGCUUCCCGGUUUUGGGCAAGCACCCACAAUCAGCGUUGAAAUAGCAAGCAAUCAAUAUAGUUUUCUUAGGUUUACACAAAGCGCACACCAGUCAGUGGCGGCGCUAGCUGGAGGAGGUCGCGAAGUCGGGGAAGUAGUGCUCACUGACUUGCACGACAAGCGCCGAUCGGAAGUUCAUUACUGCGACGUCGCACAGCUUAACUUCACUGCUUAUUUUAACACAGUGUUUUUUCACAGGGCACUUGUUUCAAGCUUCUCUGAACUAUCGACAGCGUUUCGUGACUUUCUGGUCCUUUGACAUUUGUGCUGCGAGCGAACAUGUUUCUUCCUAAGUGCAUCCAGCAACGCGCGUGCCUGCUUCAAGCCCAAGGCAAGGACCGGCGACUCCCGCCGGCAACGGCGGCUCAAGCUGGCUCGGCAAUCGCCAUCGCUGCGGCAGUUGCGCGGUCCCGCGCGACGGCCAAGCGUGGCACCAGUGGCCGUUGCGACCGCAAGCGGCAAUGUGGCAAAAGCUCUGCAUCUGCAACAUCGGUUACGGCACCGUCCAAAACAACUCUUGCUUCUCAAUCGUGUCAAUCGCCAGUCUCCACCUCGGCCCCGCCCGCACAGCGACUGGCCUCGUCCAGCUUCACCGCUUCAGAUGAUGACGACCCGUGCACCGCCGAGCGCCACAGCAGCGGCGGCGGCAGCAGCAGUGAGGGCAGCUCUACACCCAGCGGCCGCAGCAGCUGCGACGGAAGUGGCAGCGGCACUGGCAGCGAGGUUGAGGAAGGGCCCAAGGUGGAGUCUCCGGCGGCGUCUUCCCUUGUCAGCAGUGCCGAUGAGGAGGCUCCCUCCCGCGACGCCGCGCACCAAGGCCCGAUGCCCACCUGCCGCGUCGUGUCGAAGCUCUCCUGCGCCGACCCCUACACCUGCCUGGAGGUUGUGGAGGUGCCCCAGCCCGACGGCACCUGCAGCCCCGCCCUGCUCAUGACGCUGCUGCGCAAGCACAAGGUCACCGGCAAGCCGCGCCGCAAGCCCGACAACCGCACGCCGCUGCUGCUGCAGCACCUGGAGCGCCAGGCCGCGGCGCACAAGGCACUGGGCGGCAGCCCCCACGGCGUUCGCCUGCUGUGGCAGUCCCGCCCCGGCCGCGAGUCGGAUGCGCAUGUUCUAUUGCUGUCGUACGAGUCCGGUGCUGUCGGCAUGGAGAGCUUCAUGGACGACCUCGCCAUGGACGAGAUUAACCGCGACUUUGACGCGAUGCUUGCCAAGCCCAAGCCCGAGAAGCCGCGUCGCCAGAACCCGAGCUCCAGCAACAAGACCACCGGCAAGACCGCUACGCCCCCGCCCGCGCCCCCGCCCGCGCUGGUGCUCACUGGUCGCACGCUCGUGCCCGAGCCUCUGCUGAAGCGCAUCGCCGUCGCCCUGCUGUCCGCCCUCGUCCCCCUGCACGAGGCCGGCAUCUGCCAUGGCGCCAUCGCACCCGAUUGCGUGUCCGUCGUCACCGCCAGCAGCACCGAGCCCACGCCCUCCAUCGGCGGCAGCAGCAGCACUCAGUUCCUGGUCACCAGCUGCGGUCUGGCGGCGCCGGUGGACGCAGCGGGCGUGGUUGAGCAGAGGCGCAUGCGUGUCAAGGGCUCUGCGCUCGAGUACGCGGCACCUGAGGUCCGCGCGCACCUGGCGGCGGCGCGCUCUGGUUGUGAUAUUGACAGCGAGGCUGCGGUUCCGGUAGUCACUGUGGCUUGCGAUGUGGCGAGUGUGGGGCUGCUUCUGCUUGACGCGGCCGCCUUCCGUGCCACUGCUGGCGGCCUGCGUGCCUACACUGAGGGCCGCAUGGGCCUGCCGGCGCGGCUGCCUCAGGGCCUCCGUGACCUGGUGGCGCGUCUCACAGCGGCCGACGCCUCUCAGCGGCCCUCGGCGCGCGAGGCGUUGGCGCACCCCUACCUGCAGGGCCUGUGAUUGAUGAGCUGCUGCGGCUUAUUAGGUAGUUAGUUGUGGUGCUUUUGUUUUGCCUGUUAGCGUGGCAUGUAGAAAGCACGAGUGCAUGGUUAUGAUAGGAUGCAUUGUUGCAAGUGAGGAGCGGUUACCGACUUACCGCUGAGAAGCAAGCUGGUGGUGGCGGUAGCAUGAGUAGCGGGGCGACAGGCCUCGCUCGUAGGGCGCAUCAUAGCGCUGACGGCGGUGUGUAGUAAGCGGUUGCCGCUUGUCACCGGCCUGCUGAAUUGCAGGGAUUGAUGCAUGUGUCGACCUGAUUGACAUGGUGACGGCGGCCUGCUGCUGUCUGAGCAUGUUGGGCGGUGGGCUUGAGCGUGUUACCGUCAUACGGUACACGGCUGCAAGUCUGUGGCACCCCGCCUACCAAUCCACCUCCAGACAAGUUGCAAGUCCGGCGGCGGUUAUUAUGGCCGGGUGCAUUAGUGCAUACACCGGUGUAACAUUUGUUGUAUGGACUUAGUGUGAAGGCUCUGGAGUCUGGGACAGCCUGCUCGGGCCUGUGCCCGACACAUAGCUGCCGCAAUCUCAGUAGGACUUAAGGGUGCGGGAGUGCAAAUCUCUGGACAGCAUGCACCUGACAGCACACACCAACGAACCCCAGCCUACGACAGCAGCAAUGAAGGCACAAGCAGAUUCUUAGCCAAGGCCUAGCGCCGGGGACAUGCCUACGCAACUUACUGAUUGCUGCCUUUUAAGCCGUGCAAGGCAGCUCGCAAGAAACACCACGGGUCGGGCCUCCCCCUCCCCGCGGUGUGGUGCUCACUUGGGUGGCCAUUGCUCAUUAGUGCAACGCCGCCGGCGCCUUUGUGUCCGCCCGGACCUUAUCAACCUUACACGUUGCUUACACGCAAGGGGCGAACCCCAGGGUCUGCGGCUGCGAGCGGGGGAGGCAUGUCCCGGACUGAUGUGUGCUUAGUCACUAACCGGUCCCUA